CGAAGAGAUGCGCGCGGCAACGAGUCGAACUUUUCCCGCCGAUCUGCAGACUGCUAUUGCUUUCGGUCGAUUCUUAGAUCAAAUGAGUUCCAAGGAUACUUGCGACGAUACCGUUAAUUACUCCGCGUUCACGGGCCGUGUACGUGUGCUCGAAAGAAAGGAACGACUCUGUCUUCCAAGAGAAUCGAUUACGAUUCCCCGCCGAUUAUCAUCCUCCCUACUGGACCCCUGCGUGGCGAGUAAAAACUGCGUAACGUACAAUAAGAAUUAUUGCUGCCCGACGCGGUUAUUGCGCUCGAAGUAUCCGCAGCGAAAAAGUUCGACAGUGUUCUCUGCAUUUCGACGAAUUACAGGAAAUCUCCGGUGAACGUUAGCAUUCGAGACCUUCCCUAAGUAGUGCUCGGUCAGUCGACUACGGGCCUAACCUAACCCAGACCUGUUAACCGGAGGAACGAACAUUUCAUUCUCCCCGGGAAAGAUAUGUAAACCUAUUACCAGCGAACGUGUCCGCCGGUGUGCUAAUCGGAUUCUCGAAUUCGCGUGUAUCGCGGGACGAGUCGAUAAUAAUCGACGGCCAGAAGACAGACGGUCCGGUUAACAAGUCAACGGUUUACGAGCACCAUUGUUGCUCGUCUCUCUCGGUGUCUUAUUUCGUUCGACAGUAAAUGUUUCAGUUUGGUGCGUGCGCGUGUCCAUGAUCGGAAUGCCCUAGCAUCGCUUCUACGUUCCACGGUACAAUAUUUACGUUCGGAGGAACGCGGUGCGACCUGUAGAGGGGACAAAGGGACGCCGGUGAGCAUCGUCGAGAAUUAAUUCUUCUAGUUGACCGCGAGAUUUCGGAGGAGCGAGAGACUAGUGAGCAUGUGUUUACUCUGCGUUGCUGGAGGAUCGGCGUAGAACGGGUCUUUCGCUAAACUCCAAGAGCGCAUCCAUCCAGAUUCCGAUCCUUCCCAAACGCCAACUCGCAAUGCAGGAUAUGUCUGUUCAUCGUGUUUGACUGUCGUGUGUGUGUAUGAGUACGAGUACGAGUAUGUGUGCGUUCCGUCGUCGAAGGAGCGCGACCAGCGUCCGAUAGGAAGAUCCGUUGAUCCGGAAGAGAAAGUCAAGCCGUAAUUAUAUCGCGCUGACGAUGGUGUCGCGAUGCCUCUGCGCCAUGAUCCCGACCUGACAACUGUCCGCGCUCGAUCUCGGACUGAUGUUGCACUCGAUCAUGGACCCGUUCCGUUUCUGCACCACCACGGAUCGGAACUCGCCGCACUCGCUGGUCGACGGCUGGUUCCCCCGGGCCCGUGUACCCUUCGUCAGGAUCCUCUUGAAAGCUUCCCGAAACUCUGUAUUGAAUAUGCUGUAGAUGAUCGGGUUGAAGGCCGAGUUGCUGUAGCCGAGCCAAGACCGCGGUGCGCGUUGGGCUUGUCCAGCGAGCAGCGGAUGGGAGUAUCCAGCGACGGUCCAUCUCUGCGCGAGAAGAAGAAGCAGAGGAAGAAGAAGUGGGCCGGUCGGGCCCGAGGCUAUAGGCCAGCCCGAGUUUCGUGCCGGGCGAAAUCUUCCCGCUGGGCGGACGGAGAGAGGGCGAGAGCGACGGAGAUCCUGCUCUCUCGCCGGGCCUCGUGCUCCGGGAUGAUUCAUCCGACCGCUUAGCGAGCGAGCAGCGCGCGCGGUUCGCCGGGAAACGAGAAGUCCGCCGGAGAGACGGAGCGAGGCGGACGUCGGAUAAGAUUGAGCAAUUGUCGAGAAAGCGUUCGACACCGCGAGCCAUAGGAGAGCGUAGAUCAUCCUGCUGCCACGGAGCGGAAACCAUCAAUUUCGGAGCUCCGAUGAAUCGAGCGACGCGGGAGGAGACUGUCCAGUAAGGGUUGCUCCCAGCAAUCUCCCAGCUAGCUCGGGGACAAGAUCGCGCAGGAAUAUUUCAACGAGCCGAGAUGAGCAGAAGAACGGCGCCGGCAGCCGCGCUGAACUCCUGCGAGCGGAUCAGGCCGGAGCGGCCCAGGAACCCCAUCCAGAGGCUAGUAUGGGGCCCCGGCUCGCAGUUCCAGGUGGGCAAGCUCGGCCUGCAGGAGGACGAAGGCUCUAACCCGCGGAUGGCGCUGAGGAGUCUGCUGCGGUUGUACGAGGGAAGGCAGUACCGAGAGGCCGCCGGGCUGCUCGCGAAGCUGCCGCACUACACCCUGAAGGCCACCCUGCCGGACAUCCCCGUGGACCUGUUGAUCGAGACGCUGCCGCACAGCCUGGCCCUGCUGGAGGCGCUGUACGCGCGACUGGCGGAGCUGAACGUCAACGACGCGAAGAUCCUCCGCGUCGAGCAGGUGCUCUGGAAGAUCGUGCACCUGAUCUCGACCAGCCAGGACCACUUCCGCCUGAGGAUCUGGUGCAAGCUGCUGGCCGCGGUCGGCAGGCUGGCUCCCAACGCCAGGAACACGCUGCUGGCUAGGAAGAGAGCGCUGGAGAGGGCCGUCGAGGGGCUGGGCAAGCACGGCCUCGUGCCCUCCUCGCAGUCCGGCAAUUCCGACGCGGUCACCGCGCCGAAUCUGCUCCCUCUGCCGACGGUGCUCAAGGAGGAGCUGGAGAACAGGAUCGACGCGUACAAGCUGGCCGUGCACAAGAUCGAGAGCUUCGGGAAGCACGCCAGGACGCACAAAGCAGACCACGGCGUGCAGGCUGCCUCCCAUCAGCGGCAACUUUCGCUGAAGUACAGCGAGAUCCAGCAGCGGCUGAUCGAUAAUCAGAGCCUGCUGAACACGCUGGAGAAAGUCGGGGACCCGAGCGGCUUAGAAAGUCUCCUGUCGGAGCUGAAGCGAAGGGUCGAGCAGGACAAAGAGGCGCUCAGGCAAUGGACGGCCUUGAGGAACUCCACGCACGCCGGAAACGCGAAGAACCCGCCGCUGGCUGCCAGGCUGCUCCAGUUCUCCAGAGGAUGCGACUUGGCUCUGCAAUUGAUGUCGCAGGACAGUGGUCCGCAGGCAUUCCAGCUGGACGAGAAUUUGGGGGACGACUACGAGGAGGAGUCCAGCAGCAGCGCCGGCUACCACACGGACGAGAGUUGCAGUCCGACCCCGGAGCCAGUUGUUAGGAACACUGGUUGCAGUCUUCUCAGGCCAAUCGAGAAUUUUUCCGGCUUCGCCGGCGGCGACGCGACCGCCGAAAGGCUGGCCGAGAGGUACGCAGCCCUCUACGGCCAGGCGCAUUUGCAUACGCUGGACGCUCUGGAUGCACUCGAACCCCUGAAGGACGCGCCUGACUUGAAAGCCAAGAUCCUCUACUCGGUGGUGGUGCUGUCCUGGCGUCUGGCGGGCAUGAUCCAGAGCUCCCGGUACGCGGAGGCGGUGAAGAUCCUGAACGGUACCGCGGCCGCGUCGCAGGCGGUCGCCGCCGGCCUCGAGGAAUGCGUGAAGCGGCAGCUGGCGACUUCCGGCGCGCGAACCGGUUCCCGGGAGGUCGCGGAACAGGUGGUCAGCCAGCUGGAGAGGACGCUGUACGACUUCCCCUGUCUGCGGGGAUGCGGCGAGGUCAAGAGCUACGCCGCUGCGUGUUCCAGUUUGGCGUGGGCCUGCCUCGCGCGCGCCACGCCGCUGGUCCUCGACGUGGCGCAGGCUCUGGAGUUCAGGAGGGAGGUUCACGUCAGGCACCACGCGUCCCCCAACCCGAACGGCGUCAGGAUCAAGACGGUGCUGUGGCCCGGGCUCAGGGAGGGCUGCCAGGGACCCUGCCUCCAUCGCGCGAUCGUUCUCACCUCUUAACGCGUCAGACGCCACUUUAACGCGUUAGACUUUUCGUUCAGGCCGGUCCGUGCGGACUUUAGGUUCGUAUCACACGACCGCGCGAUCAGUCUGAGAAAGCCACGGGAGUACGCCAAAUUUUAACAUAAAUUUUUUCAUUGUCAUUCGUAAUUUAACCCUUUAAAAUGCUGGUCUCGUGCACCAAUGUCGAGCAAACGAGAAGUUCGCUGUCAGGCCCUAGAAUCCACGCCGCCCAAACGAAAAGUCUACUGUCAGUCCCCAGG